ACAUAAAUCAAUGCGCAACAUGUAUGCGUAUGAAAUAUUUGAAAAUGUGCGCCAUUCCUAACGCAACAUGAAGAAUAAAGUUCGGGUAAAUAAACUGAUGGCAGAUUUUUAGGAAAUCGAGGUGGAAGUUGAUAAAGAAAAAAAGGCCAUUGAAAUCCACCAAGGUUGUGAAUUAAAGCAAUGAAACGAUCCUUUAGAGCGGUGCUUCGGACACUAAGAAGUUAUUUGGUAAAAAAUCUUCAUGUGAAUGACGAGGUUGUUGAUGAAUUGCUUUCAUCUCUAGCAUUAAACGAAACAGACGCUGAGAUAAUUGAUCACGAAAAAAGUAACAGGGAUAAAAUAAAACGAAUAAUUCUUGCUUUAUCGCCAAAAGAUGAUACAACUUAUCACGCUUUUAAAGAAUGUUUGAAGAAAACCAAGAACAAUCAUGUUCUCAAGAAAAUAGAGGAAACAGAAUCUGUCUGCACUUCAGAAGUCGCAGAACAUACCGAAGCAACAAAACAAAUCUUACUCGAGUAUUUCAAAGCUGAUACCACAGAGACUUUUAUAUCUCUUUAUGAAAUACAGGACAUUUUGUUAAGUGAUCAGACUUCAAGAUGUCAUGAGGAAUUUGUCGAUGAUGUCCUUGAAACGGAAUGGCUUACUGACAUAGUCAGAUCUUUGUUUCCCGAAUCUCAAGAAGGCAUCGUUUCUACAAGUAGUCGCAGGAGUAAAAAGAAAAAGGGAAGAAAAAGAAAUAAAAGUUCCACAACCAAGACAGAAUUUGGUUUUUAUGGAAUAGGAUUCCUUUGUGGACCUGAUGAAGAAUAUGCCAGGCAGAGACAAGAGUCAGAAUCAAGCCAGUUCAGUGACACGGAGAAAGAUUAUGAUGAAUGCACGAACUACGCUAAACCAAAGUUGAUUGAUUUAUCAGUUCAUGAAUUUUAUCUCUGGUUGAAACAAGUAUUGGAAAAUCAUUGCAAUGAUUCAAAUGCAGCCGAGAAAUUUAAGGAUGAUGAUAUUGAUGGAUCAGUUUUUAACGAAAUAUCCGAUGCUGAACUUCGGGAGUAUCUUCCAAAACUUGGUCAGCGUAAAAAGGUACAAAUGAUGUGGGCAGAAUAUAUAGCAAAUAAAACAGAUCUGGAAGGGAACACUGUAGCAGAUAGGACAAAUACAGGAUGCAAGGCACCCGACGGGAAAAACAUAACUCAGUCAAUUCGCCCUUUUGACUGUCCAAACUCGUACAAGCAUAAAUAUUUGCAUGGUGCAUUUGUCCCCAUUAGUGAAGCACGAAGGGGUAAUCCACUGUGCCCAGUGCAUACAUAUCUUGGGGGGAAUAGAGGAACACUAUUAUCUACGAAAGAUACAACAGCUUUAGCAGUUGCAAUUGUAAAAUUUGGAUCUGCGUGCAUGAAUGAUAAAACAAAUGGCACAAUUCAUUUUGGAAUUGCAUGUAAUGGAGAAAUAAAAGGAUGUUCUGUGGAUUCAAAAGUGUUUGAACGAAGAGUAACCAAAUGUAUUAGAAAAUCUUUUUAUGAUGGUCAAAUAAGCAUAGCUUUGAAUUGCAUACGGCCACCACAGUUUAUUGAAGUCAUUGGAGAAAAUACUUCAAAUGAGUCUUUGUAUGUCAUUGAAGUUGAUGUAGUGUCCUCCACAAAGUUUGUUGAGGACUUUGCUUUUUUCUUAAAACCUGCUAAUGACGAUGAAUCUGAUAGUCAGCUGUACAGAUAUGAUAAAGAAAUGAAAUGUCUCAAACCUAGAGAAAUAGAUUUAUACAUGAAAGACGAAAAAAAUAAAUUAUAUCUUGCAAGAAAAGAGUUGGAGGAAAUUCAGUUAAAACAUCCAGAUGUGAAUUGCUUUCAAAGCCUGAAAGACUUUUUAUGUUGUGGUAACGAACAGUUUGAACAGUCAAUAUAUCCACUUCUUAUUUUGAACACUGUGAAUGAGCAUGAAAACGAAAAUUUCGAAUUUAUGAAACAUAUUCAGUGGCGAGCUGUCUUUGAUUUCAACAAGCACAUGGAAAACGGAAAUGUCCGGGAAUAUUUGGAAAAAAAUCAUGGAAUGGUGUUUAACGUAAAUUUUAUCGAGGAUUUUGACCCUAAGAAAAUGAAAGAAAGUACAAUGAAGCAGACAAUAGAAAACUUGAAAUCUACAUCAUUACCAAAUUGGAUAUACUGCAAUGGACCAACAAAAGAAUGCAGCUUUAUAGACGAUCCUACUCAGUGGAAAAUGGAACGGAGUGGUAGUUUCAGGAAAGCAAUCGAAUUUUAUGUAGACAAUAUACCGCAAGGUAGAGGUAGAGUUCUUAUCCCUUUAUUUUGCAACGAAAACAGCUUACUUGUCGAAGCGGCCGAAGAAUUUUUUAUUAAAUUUAGAAACAGUUGUUUGAUAAUAACUGAGAGUGAAACAAUGUCUUGCGGUUUAAGAGAAGAUUUGCAUAGACGAAAUGUUUUUACAUCCAAUUCUAACAUUGACAACUAUUUUUUGAUUGGCCUCCCUUGGAAGCAAGUAAAUGAAGCAGUUUUUCGCUUUUCACCAAAGACACCAAACCCUGAUGAUGUAGAAUUGCAACGUUCAACUGGAGUACCAUUAAGAGUGCCAAUAGUGUUUAAACGAGAAUUGUGUGAUCUAGGAAUACUUGCAUUUAAUGAAUGUUGUGCAAUAAGGCAAAUGGACGAUGAAACAAAAGAACAAUUUAGGAGGCUUAAUGGGGAGAACUUUUACAGGGGCAAUACAGUGUCUUGGCCUAAUUUUUAUUUCUCGGACCAGGUUUUACAGCGUUAUGUUCACACGAGACUCGUUGAAUAUAUACUGGAAGAAGCAAAAGCUCUGGGCAAUUUUAACCAGCCCGUUAGAGAAGUUGUAAUAUACCAUCAACCAGGUGCGGGAGGAAGCACAACAGGUAGGCACAUUUUAUGGACCUUGAAGGACAGGUUUCGUUGCUGUGUAGUUGAGAAUAUUACAAAACAGACUACUGCACAAAUAAAUCGCUUAAGAUUGUAUGGAGAAGACAACAUUAAUCAAAUAAAUCCAGUAAUUGUUUUACUUGAUAUUGACGACGAAGAAGCAGUAGCAAGAUUACACGACGAAUUAAAUGUAGAAAGUCGAAAGCACAAUUGUCAAGUUUACUGCGUUUUACUAAUUUGUUGUCGAGUGUCUGAAAUACCAUGGACAAAAAUACCUGCAAAGGUUUUUCUACAACAACGACUUACUGAUCAUGAAUUAGAUUGGUUCAAUGAGAAAUAUAAACAUAUGGUAGAAAUUCACAAAAACGAAAGAGGUUGUGACCCCAAUACACUACUGUCUUUUAACAUCAUGAAGGAAAAUUUCAAUAUGACAGCUAUUAGUAAAUAUGUCAAAACAUAUGUACAGGAUCCCUUAUUGACGAAGGAGCAUAAGUUCUUGCUUAAAUAUUUGUCAAUUCUAAAUCACUAUGACAUUAGAUUUCAACCAGUUCCUAUCAACUGCUUUGAUCCUAUAAUGGGUAAUUUGAAUUGGCCUCUUCAUUUGCCACAGUCUAUCAAAGUAUUAGUUAAUCCAGUUCCAGUACAUGGAGUUAGUGGAAUUAUACCUUGUAUAAGAAUAACAAACUAUUUGUUGUCCCUUCCUGUGCUAAAUGCGGUUUUAGAGCUUAGCAAAGAAUUGGAUUCGGAUGAGUUUAGCUUUACAAUAGGAGAAGUAGCAAAGGAAUUGUUGCAAUCGAAACUCAUCAACCAAUUUUCAGGAUCCGAGGUUAAUAAAAAGUUUGAAAGAAUUCUUGCAGACAUUGUUAAAAAACGGUCGUUUUCCCAUUCUGGAGAAAAACCAAAGCCCUUCAGUUUACUUAUUAUGACCCUAUUUGAUGCGAAGGAUUAUGAUUCAUCAAUAGACAUAAUUGAGAGAAUCUAUGAAAUUACUGACGAUCCAUUUGUAGCCCAACAACUAGCAAGAUUCCAUGCUGAAAUCGGUAACUGGGAAAAUGCGCACAAUGCUAUUGAGCAAGCAAUGAAACAGAAACAUGAUAAUGCAUAUCUUAAUCACACUUGUGGACAAAUAUAUAAAAUGCAAUUUGAAAUUAUCUGCAAAGAUACUACCAACUUCCAGGAGGACGAUAUAAUGCAUGCCCUCUGGAUAGCUCAGAAAUCACAGUUUUACUUCAGAGAGGCGCAACGAAUCACUAGAACUGAAAACAUAUCACCGCAAAAUCCAGCUGGAUUUGAUGGAGAGAUUCGACUUUCAAUUGAAUUACUAAAAACAUUUUGCAUUCCAGAUGUAGUAAAUAUAUGCCAAAGGCGAAUGCAUGCUAUGUCAAUAAAAAAAACUGCGAUGACCGACUGUGCUUGCAAAUUUGUUAACGGACUUGGCGAAAGUACUUUAAGCGCAAUAGAAUCCUUACAGACAGAGAUUUUCAGAAUGCAAGUAAACCCAUUUCAGCUGCAUAGUGACUAUGUGACAUCUCUUCUUGAAAAUAAGCAAAUACAACAGUACAAGAAAGAUUUUCACAAGUAUUUCAACAGAAGUAUGCGAAAACAGACACAUGAAAAACCACCAAUUUCUUCGUUCAUCGAUGCAACAGAGGCUAAAACUGAAACCCUUUCGAAUGUUGCUAAGAUUUACGAGUCUCGUUUUGGACUUGGUUCUAACCAUUCUAACCAACAAAAUAGAAUUUUUCUAGCUGCUUCUGUUGAAUUAGCUCUACGGGAUAUACCAAUUCAUCCAAAUCAUGCAUUACAAUUACUGAAAUGUAGCAGAUAUUUUUACGAAAAGUUAUCAAAUGUAAGUUUCACUUGUACAUUAGAGGCUCAUCUGAUGAUAGCAUUACUACACUGGCCAUUGGAAACAAAGGUACAGUUACGUGAAAGUCUUUGUUCGCAUUCAGUGCUGAUCAAUGUACUUGAAUCAUGGAAACAAAUAAUAGAUGAAAAACCAACAAAAACAAAAAAUGUUGAUAAAAUGAUCUGCUUUCUUUCAAAAGACGAUAAAUUUCCAUGUGUUAUAAGAGCAGACAAUAUCUCAAAGAGUAAUCUUUAUACCAUUUUAGGAACAGUGUGUUCAAACGGUUUUGAUAUUGAUAUCAAACCAUAUACCUUUCGUACUGAAAAUAUACCACCAAUUAGAAUUCAACUAUUGAAUCAGGUUAAGCUUUCUUCAAUGUGGAAUAAGCCUGCAGAAGUGUUUCUAGGCUUUGGCCUAUAUGGCCCAAAAGCAGAUUUACUUGACAAUGUUCCGACAAGUGCCAUAAGCAACUCACCUAGAAAUCGAAUAGAUCUGAAAAGUCCUUCCCCAAGCAGUAUCAAUGAAAAAUGUAUCAAAUCAAAGGAAAAGACACAAAAAGGAAACACAAAGGAACGAGGUAGAAAAAAACCACAACAACAAGUUGGUAGACACGCCGGAAACCGUUUUCCAUUUUUUACACGUGUACCAAAUGUUCCAACAAGUAUGGGACCACAAUAUGGAGUUCCAUUUCCUAUUUCACCUUUGUCGCCUACACCCUUGAGAUAUCAAAUGAAUCCUUUUAUGCACUCGCAACAGUCACAACAAGGAAAUAUGGGAAUUUUUCCAGGUCAAUCAAGGUAUUACAGACCAAGGCCACAAUAAGCGAGACUGCACAUUGAUAUACUGUAUAUAAGCUCUUGUAGCGUACAAAAAUAUUCAUAUUAGAAAUGUACAGUUAUGUGACUACAUCAAAACGAAACACAAAAUGCUUAUUUGUGAGAUUGUAUUUAUCAGGUUUAUUUUAUGUUUAAUUUUUUCCUCUCAUAUAUAAUAUAAAUUUGGCAAUAUUUCCAUCUUAAUAAAAUAACAUUUCAACAGCUCCUA